AUGCCCUUCAGAUACAACCGUGGAUCAGACGCAGAGCUCGUCUGGGCGUCGUCAGCGAAGGAAUUCAAGGGCGGUUUCCAAUUCCUGAUGAACAAGCAGCCUGGCAGCGACAGACGCGAUCGCCGCACGCGAGGUUCCAGCAAGGAUGACGAGGGCGAGACAGAGGAGUUUAUCAACGAGGAGCUUCGCGUCGGGGGGCCCUUGCUAUGCCCGUUACCUGCAACCUCCCAGACGAUACUGGAUCCGACAAGCCGAUACAACGAAAUCCUGAAUAGCGACGCGAUGCUGGCUGCCAUUCAGGAAAUACUCAUCGAGCAUGGAAUUACGCUGAAAGACGCGAGUGUGGGCAUGCAGACACCGGAAUGGUUUCCUCAAGACCCGCCAAUCGUCACCCUGACCAUCUUGGCUACGAAAAGUACAGUACAUGACGAAUGGCUUCAGGCCUGCCAGAGGUUACAUACGAUGCUGGUUCUUCACGAGUUCCCAGAUAUCAGCGUCGAGAUAAUCGACCCCCGGGCAAUGCUUCCCCGGUUUACCACCCCUCUGUUCCGGACUGAUAAACUGUUUCUAGUCUGGGACAGAGUCCUGUCGAUUAUACUGGACUCUAUAGAUCUCGCAGAUAUCAUAGUGAUUUCAUGCUGGCGAUACGGUGUCUCGUCUACAGCGGAAGAGAACCCGCCCACAAUUAUUAUCACUGUGGAUCGUAAUUCCUCUCGGAGGUGGAAGCCCCUUCGUGAGAAGGUGGUGAGUAUUUUAGAUGCCAAUCAUAUCGAUGAUGUUGCUGUCUUGGUUGAAAAAGGUAGGGUAUUUCGGUCAAUGGACAAAGCCGGCGUUCCCUCAUCUCUAUGGCAGCAGCGCCAGACCUUGCCUGGUGUGAGCCUAGGAAACACUGUUGAUCUAGAUACGUCGGCUACAUUUGGCGGAUACAUUGAGCUCCAGAACCAGAAGGGAGAGUGGUAUCAGUUCGGACUCACCUGCUACCAUGCAGUUCUCGCGCCAGAAACUGUGAACGAGAACAAGCAAGGUGAGUCAACGGCAUGUACUGAUUCAGACCUACUACUAAUAUCUUCAACAGUGCAGUUGAGCUGGGAUGGAAAAGGAGCUGAAUGGAAUGAUCCAGUAGCGAAGGAAGUACUCGCUGUCCAGCAGCCAAGUCGUCAAGACCUCCAAGAGGAGAAGAUAUCCAUCCAGCAACAGAUCAACCGGAUUGCUGACCAGAAAUUCCUGGCAAAUCGGGCUAUGAUGGCGCGUGGCGAGCUUUCUCCCUUAUCAAGCCGGAUCCACGUCGCCCAGGAACGGAAUCUACAUGAUCUAGAGACUAUCAUGAGCCAGAUCAAUACCUUUGAUGAAGAGCGUAUGCGACUCGGUCAUGUUGUGUGUGCAUCAGGCUUUCGUCUCAAGACCAUGCGGAACAGUGAUCAUCCUAUUCAUCUAGACUGGGCUCUUAUAAUGCUAGACAAACGUCGCAUAGGACACAAUAGAGUCGACUCAUAUGGACCACCUCGCUUUCGCUUGCCGUGUGAUAUCAUCAAUCAACCUAUUGAACCAGAGCACGGGAUGCUCUUGUAUAAGAUGGGGCGAUCCACGGAAUGGACUGAAGGUCUAUAUAACAGUCUCCAGACGGCGGUGAUUGAGAAGAAAACAGUCGCGACGCGCGAGGCAGUGGUGUGUGGUACCAAAGGCCGCCAGUUUGCAGAUACGGGCGACUCGGGCAGUUUCGUUUUUACCAAGGACCUGGAGUUUGUGGGCAUGAUCUUUGCAACACAUGCUAGAGGGGAUGGCUACAUCACGCUGGCUUCGAGUCUUUUUGAAGAUAUCAAGGCGAAGACGGGAGCCAUGGAUAUUCGACUCCCUGGACCAGACAUCAGAGACAUGUCGCAGAUAAUGGCAAGUCUACAAGGAUAUAGUGUUUCGAAGUCGCCCUUUGGAGCCACUGCAUAA